CCAAUCACCGGAGCUGCGUCGGAGCGUCAAUCCACCGAGAAAGGCUUCGUUCGUUGUGCGAGGUGAAACGAGCUUGUGCUGCCAGGCUAAGGCGCCAUGCGCAGCGGUAGCGAAGAUAACAAACGACCAUCGCCGCCGUCUUCUGCCUCUGUGCCUGAUCGCCAAGCUGCUGAGCCCGAUAGUGACGACCAGAGCAUUGACAAUGACCCUGAUCCUGAUCCAGCCGCGCAGACGGCCAAGCGCAAGAGGCCCAUCUCUGUCUCAUGCGAAUUAUGCAAGCAACGCAAGGUGAAAUGUGAUCGUGGCCAACCGUCUUGUGGUUGGUGUAAGCGCCACGGACAAAAAUGCGAAUACAAGGAGCGAAAACCUCCCGGCCUGAGGGCAGGGUUUGGGAGGUUCCUUGAGAAUCGGAGCCGAGAAAUGGAGCUGAGGCUUGACAAGAUGGAGGAGAUACUGAGGAAGCACUCUGAACUGCUCCAGACUUCACCGCUGCCGUCUCUCCGCCUAGAGAACUCCGAGACUGGUGCGCAACUUGGGCGACAAAAUCUCGUGAGCGAUCAUGAUACUCAGAGUGAGAAUAGCCACACCUUAGGCUCAUCGAAGCUGUAUCAAGCUUCGCAUAUGAACAACAAUCUGCUCUACAAUCCUCAACCGAGCAAUGGCCCUUCUGCGCCCACCUCUGCUGAGCAGGGCCCCAAUGAAUUUCAUGGUCGAGCGCCUUCGGCCGGCGACAUUUCAGCGCAGCCAAAUAUCGGCUUGCCGACAGUCACACCCACAUCAGGCGCUGCCCUCCCCUCGCCCGAUGCCGAUGACCUACCGCCGUACAAUCUCGUAUACAAUCUCGUGGAUUUGUACUUCAAGCACAUUAAUACUUGGUGUCCAAUUCUACACCGAAGAACCACUUUAGAUAGCUUAUUUGGAAUCUCCGAUCUCCAAGAGUCAGACAGGGUUCUGCUUCAUGCGAUAGUCGCCACUACGAUGCGAUUUUCUAGCGAUCCGAGGCUUACUGAAGAGCGGCGACAACAUUACCACCGCAUAUCAAAACAGAAAGUCCUUCUCUAUGGCAUGGAAAACUCGUCCGUCAAGUCACUUCUAGCGUUGCUCAUCUUGGCUCUUGAUAUAUGUGGCAGUAGCAAUGGUCCUCCUGGAUGGAACAUAAUGGCUCUCAUCACUAGGUCGGUAGUGCAGCUGGGAUUGGCCGUCGAGACCAAUUCCUUCAGCGUGGCUCCUCACUAUUCGUCGAUAUACACUCUAAGAGCUAUGAUUCUCCCCGAGCCGAAAGAUUUUAUAGAAGAGGAGUCGCGCAGAAGGCUGUUUUGGAUGAUUUAUCUACUCGAUAGAUAUGCAACUAUUGCCACGGCCUUUGAAUUUGCAUUAGCCGAUACGGAGAUUGACCGAAUGCUCCCCUGCCGGGACGACUUAUGGAUGGAGAAUCAAAAAGUGGAAACGCGGUGGUUCGUCCCGGGUGCUCAAAAUUACGACGAGGCUCAUCAACAUCCGGUUGGAAGGCCUGAGAAUCUGGGAGCUUUCGCAUACUACAUCGAGAUCCUUGGAAUCUUGUCAAAAAUCCACAAGUUCCUAAAACAGCCGGUUGAUAUUGGCCGGCUCACCGACGUGGAAAAAUGGCAGCUCCGUUACAAAGAGCUUGACAAGGAGCUGACGUCUUGGAAUUUUGCCCUGCCUGGCGAGUUUGGAAAUAUGAAUAAAGUUUUCCAGCCUGGUAGCAGAAAUCUGAACUGCAACUGGGUUAUGCUUCAUGCAACAUAUCAUACGGCGGUUAUUCGAUUGCAUUCCUCAGCUGCCUACCCAACAACUCGGUCAGCUAUUUUCACCCCGUCAUUUAGUGCAGCGCAGAGAUGUCACGGCGCUGUGGAAAAUAUAUCUGCUUUAGGAGAUUUUGUCGUCAACAAUGGCUUCCUCCCUAAGCUGGGGCCGCCAUUUGCCUUUACAAUAUGGGUUGCUGCGCGAGUGCUUUUGGUUCAUGGCUCUACUGUUGAACAUAAACUCUCGCCCCAAAUUUCAUUUUUUGUUGAUAUACUCCGCGAAAUGGGGCGGUAUUGGCCGGUAGCUGCUGGAUACUCUAGGUUACUACAGCGAGUAUUGGACGAGCAUCGAGAUAGUGAAAGACAAGGUGGCGGAGUCACACCGAGCUCAGUCAAAAUUUUGGCCGACAUGCGUAGGACAGCCUUUGACUUGGAUUUUUUGAUAUCACGACAACCCCGGCAUGGUGCACAGGGUCUCGGCCACUUGGGAAGCGCAACACCCUCAAAGACGCCGGCACCGAAUGACUUAGAAUAUUUGGAUGUCUUCAACUUCUUCAACGUCCCACGAAUUCCAUUUAGCGGGGAUAACAUGUCUGGUGCUGCCACUGAAGGCCUAAUACCAAACCCUGAUAUGUCUACAGCAAAUACAAACCUAGACCACCCGCAGUACCAGCCAAAUGAGUUCAACAUCACAAAUUUUAUGAUUGACGCUAGUAGCGACUGGCUUUUCAAGACGGAUGGAUCGAAUUUUUAGUCAAUAUUGACGAGAUGUCAAAUUAGAUUUGUUCAUGGAAACAAAUGGAUGGAGCUCUAAGAUUAUUCCUGAUUUAGUAUUUUUUCUUGUAAUUAUCCUUGUCCCUUUUAGCAUAUUGGAACACGAGCUGAAUUGAUACCAAGAAUCAUUAGGUUGAAGCUGAGGUUUCUGUAAUAUGUUUGAUUUCACG